AAAACUAUAUUCUUUACAAACCUGCUUAUAUGUACAGCUAUAUCCUGGAAGUGUCUGCCUAUGUGCGUCACUCUGAGACUUAUCUCUUCUAUAAGAAAAAAAAAAAGAGGAGCCUUUCACCCUCCUGGAAAGAUGCCAGCUGCUGCCGGGUUGCGAGAAGGUUUCGUGCAGAAAGUCAUCUCAGAGGUUAUAAAAGAGUCCAAAGAUCAUAGAGACGCAGAGAGGAACAAAGAGGUUGACCAGAGAGUGAUAACUGUCCAGUCUUCUCAGCAAUCAGAGCUGCACCACCACUCCGUCAGACAACAGCUCCACAGGAGUAAGGACGCCACCAUGGAGAAAAAAGGCAUCCUGAAAAGAGUGAGCAUACUAACAGAGGGCAGCGCCACCACCCAGAGCAGCUCCAUCGGGCCCGUGCGCUGGACUCUGCCUGUGGACAGCACCCAGCCUCACAACUCGGCACCCAGCGGGCCCACAAACAGCAACAACAGCCUCACUCAGCACUCACAGCAGCACCCUCGUCAGACUGGUCUGAAGAACCUCCGCAGCCUGCAGGAGUGUGUGCAAUUCAUCCAUCACUGGAAGGAGCAGGUGGACCAAGUGUGCAAGGGCGACGAAUCUCCAAAGGAGGGUGGCAGUAAGACAGAAGCCCAAAGUACAGACCGGCGAACUGAGCGUAGCCUUGAGGAGAGCAGAAAACUGAUCCUGGAGUGGGCUGACGAACUACGUCAUGUUGACAAGCUCCUGAAGACCCCUUGGGCUGAGACUAAACAAGAAGAUGAAAAAAAAGAAGACCCUAAAGAGGAGGACCAAAUGAGGAUCAUGGAGUGGGCGAAGGAGCUGCAAGAGAAGACUGAGAGUUGUGGUGUCCAGAGCGAUGAGCUGGGUAAAGUGUUGCGUCUCCUUGGUUUAAAGAAGAAACGUCUGGGUAACCUGCUACCUCUGAUGGAGUUCAUCACCUGGUCUCUGCUGAAAGAAGACAGCACGACGAUGGUUCCACAGCUGUGGUUGCUGACAAAGCAAAGGACUUGGCAAGCAGGCAUUCCAAGGUGCAUCCCAAACUCAGUUUGGAGUUGGAUUUGCAGCGCAGCAGCUGAUGUGAUCCUCGACCCAAAGACAAACUACCCAUGGCUGCUUCUGUCUGAAGACCAGCGUAUGGUCCAGGAGUCCCACUGUGAGGCCGAUCUACCCUACAGCCCUCAACGCUUUGACAGCUGGCCCUGCGUGCUCGGCUGGGAGGGCUACAACAGUGGGCGUCACUACUGGGAGGUUGACAUUGCCAACAACGGCUACUGGCGCAUCGGCAUGACCACCGCAGAAUCCAAACGUGAGGGCCGUUUCCCCAUGUUCCCGAAGCAGGGCUACUGGGCUCUGUGGCGCAGCACAAACAAGUUCUACGCCUGCACCAAGCCAGAGACGGUGCUGCCCACCGCCCUCGUGCCUCGCCGGAUGGGGAUCUACUUAGACUACAAAGAGGGCCAGAUCUCCUUCUACAACGCAGAGACAAAGACCCACAUCUACACCUUCACUGGGAACUUCAGAGGGAAGCUGUAUCCUCUGUUUGCCCCAAUGGAUGGUCGCACACUCAUGAGAAUCACGCCACCUAACAAAAUCUCUGCACACUGAGAGAGAUGGCUCUUGAAGACCUUAACGGAUUCCCACUGACUCUAAACCAAAUUGAGCAAACAGAAAACCACUGAAAAUUUGGGGCACUUCCCUGGAUGUUAGUUGUAAUCUAUCGAUUAUGGUGUAGCAAAAAUGUUGUCAAUUCUCCUUCGUGAAGCUGAAUUCAAAAUCCCAUUAGUUCAGUUAAAACUUUCUUUGAAGAGACUGAAGUGCUGAUGAUUUUGUUAAUAGGUGUUUGUGAUCAUGGCACUAUAAAAUAUAUAUUUCAAAGGGGCAAUUUUGAUCAGUUUGACAAAAAGAAACAUUAUGUAAAUGUAAAAAAUAUUUAUUUCUAGUAAUGCUGUUUGAAAGAAUAACCUUGGAUGAGUUUAUCCAAUAAGAGGCUGCAAAUAUGUUAAAAAAAAGAAAGUUAACAAUUAUAUGUAGAUGAUAUAAUGACACUCGAGUUGACAAGGUUAUGCAAAAGUGUGAACACUACAUUGAAAUGCACUUUACAAUGCGCUUCUACAUAUCCACACAAUAAAUAAGAAAAAGCACACCAUGUGGUCUUUAUUUUUUUUUAAGUGUGUUUCUUAGUCUUGAGACGAGAUUAUUCCAGUCCUGUAUGAAGAGCAGUUACCUCUACCAAUACAAAGCUUCAGUAAAAAUCCCCUCAAACAGAUUUGUGCACUUUGCAAAGUUAUGUUCUUCUUUUGUAGGAAAAACUGAAAAAGAUAAGACAUUUGCUGGCAUAUACAAAACAACUGUCUGAAGAGGGAUUUUUGUUUUUAGGCUGUCAGGAGACUUUCUUACAAAUCCAGGAUCCAUACGCCUCACAGCUGGCAGCAAAGAGACUCCCACCUCCUCUCAGGUCUGCACAGUCCCUGUGAUCAGAGUCCCACUCCACAGUCAGCCUAAAAAAACCCCACAACAAACACAACAUGACAUAUGCAUCCAAAGACAUCUGUUGAGAUAUUCAAAUUGUUGAUGCUGAAUCUUUAGACAUUUAGAAAUUAUAGUUUUUUCAUUUAAAGUUGUAGUUUUGUGUUUGUCCAUGUAUAAAAUGUCUGUAUAUGUGUGUUAUGUCUUGAAAAUAA